AUGGGGCCUCGAGAGAUGCCGCCGCUCUUCGCGAUGGCAAUGCGCUAUCAGUCUGGAGACAGCGUCAAGACGCCGUUCGGUCGUGGGACUGUGCGUUCGAGCAGCGAUUGCAAGACACAUGUGGAGGUGGUGCUGGCAAGUGGCGCUGUGCUGUACGCGAGGAGAGGGUGUUUGGUGCCAGAGCAACGCAUGUUGCAGUAUGGGGAGAUCCCGAGAGACACGAGAGUGCUCCUGUUGCAGCAAGAGGGGAAAGAGGGCACCGUGUUGAACUAUAUUUAUGCAGACCAAAUGUAUCAAGUACUCGUUCAGGACGACGGGACUGUCACUAGCGAGGACCACGGUCACAUUGCGACGGAGAAGCGUACCAAGCUGCUGUCGAAAGAUGAGCUUCGUGUGGCAAAAGGAACACGCGUCCGGACGAGCUUUGGCUUGGGAAGCAUCACAGACUACAGGGUCAUAAAUGAUUCGUACGUGGUGCAGCUGGACUAUGGAGGCGUCGGUCAUUUGCAAGCAAAGGAUGUUUUGUGCAUUGAUUUGCGGCUUCUGGCAAAAGUGCCCAAGCCUCUGUCGGCAGAGAGAAUCUUCGAAGAGUUCCAAGGAAAAAUCACGCGUGACGAUGCUGUUCUGCUGAGCUGCAAAGCAAAGGAAGCGUACCAACAGCUGCAGCAAUUUUGUGAGCAAAAUGCUGAGGCUAUAUCGUUUGUUACCACGAACGCAAGCUACGGUGACCAGUACGUCAAGUCGUUGUCCUUAUUGCUUGACCCGAGCUUGACAGACUCUACGAAGCGCCUGCAGGACGCGAGUGAGAAAGAGCUGGAGCGUUUGAAGGAUAUGGCAGCUUAUGCUAAGACCGUGCUGGAGAGUGACCUGCUUGAAGGUAAGGACUCUGCGGCGAUCUUUGCGAAAGCGUUGAACGUGUUAAGCCAGUUGCGGCACAGCGAGGAGGUCAAGCAUCUUCACUCAAGUCUUUGUAAGAAGGCUAGUUCAGAACUUGUAUCCGCCCGGCAGAGGCUCGUGUCGCAGGAGCGUAACUCGCUGCUCCUGACGUCCGCACAGGAGGAGAAUAGGCUCGUUGUAUCGCAGAUUUUGCAAGUUGUCGAAAGCAAAAUGAAUGCGGAAAAGCCUCGAUUGAACGCAUUGACCGCGUCCUUGGAGCAUCGUACACUGCAGUCAAAAGUGUUGUCGAUAAUGCAGCAACACGAAAGCGACGUAAUGAAGGCUCAGGAGGCAUUUGCUUGCAUUGAGCAAAUGGCAAGCAAAAGGCUAGGUGUGAACUCAAUGACCGAGCUGGAUCCAGUGGUGUUGGCGCAAAAAGCUGAGGUGCUGUUGCCUACACUGUCGUCUAAGGCCGAAGGUCUGGUUCAGGCAUCAGAAAAGUAUUGGAUGCAGAUGCAGCAAACAUCGCAUGGACAGACACUAAUGAAAAAAGCGAAAGCUUUGGUUCAGUCAGUUGAAAACCCGGAUGAGUUUUGCAACAAUGUGACGAAGGCCAUCAGCGAAGUCAAGUUGGACAAGCUGGCAGAGUGGAGAAGCACGAUGACAACGGAUCACAAGAAGCGACAGGAAUUUGUGGACCAGAUCAAAGAUCACUGUUUGGAUUUCUUCACGUCUGUUUUGCCGACGCUGAAAAUUGACACGAUAUCAGGCGUGGAAGACGACAUUGCGUACUCCAUCUCCAAUUUGGAUUUGUCGAACUUUCGUGUGAAGAAGGAGCGGACGAAAGUGCGGAUGGGGACAGUCGUUGACGAAGAGCUGUUCACGGUUCGUGCAACACACUUGACGGCACUCCUCAAGGGCUUUGACUGGACUUUUCAGCAAAAGUGCUUUCCUUACUUACACGGUGGCGGCGUAGCGGAUGCUGCUCUAAGCGGCGGUGUGAUCUGUCUAGGUUUCAAGGCCGAAAAGAAAGCUUCGAACGAAGAGACGGGAGAGUUCAAGCCGAUACUGGUGCUCAAUUCGAUGAGAAUUGAAAUCAGCCAGGAACUAAAGCUCACCGUACAAGGAAGCUGGUUCAGCGCGAUCUAUAACAUAUUGGCAUCUGUCUUUGCCGAGUUGAUCCGUGAGUAUCUGGCAAAGACAAUGGAAACGAAGCUGUUGAAGCACACGAUCAAGUUGCUGGGUAUAUUGAACAAGCAAAUGGAUGACUACUGGCCCCUGAUCUUUCAGUUGCUGGACAUUCGCAUGGACGAUUUGCCAACUGCGAGCCCGUGGCGUGGCGCGAAGGAGGUCGACUUGCAGCCACAAAUGAUUGAAUGCACUUUCACGAAACGAAACACCGUGCCUUUCCGCUUCACGAAGGGUGUGUUGAACAAAUUCGUGGUUGUGUCAAACGUCCUGGAUGUUGAAGUGCCAGUCACGAAUGGCAAGGAAUCCGACACGAGCCAUGAUAAGGCUUUGGCCCAGGACGUGAAACGCGUGCUCGUGGGAAGUAGCGUACUGGCGAUCAAUGGUCUGUGUUGCAGGGAGUUGACUGUUGAGGAACUGGGCGAGCUGUUGGAAACACUUCGUGUUCCUUUCACGAUGCGGUUUUCGCUGCUCCCCGAAGAUACUGCCAAGAAUCGAUGUCGACAGAUGAGAGCACAACCCGAGUUUACCGUGUUCACAUUCCGGUGUGAGGGACCCUUUGGACUACGUCUGCGAGCUCGUCCACUAGCUGCAAGCGGCGCUAUAGUUGUUGGCUUUGCUGCAACACAACCCGAUGGCAAAAAGUGUCCAGCAGAACUUAGUGGCAAGAUCCGGGUUGGUCAGCUUUUGACAAAAGUGAACAAUGUCGAUUUACGCAGCAAGACGCUUCCCGAAGUGCUGGCCAUUCUCCGCGAUCUCAAAUCACGUCCUGCAACAAUGCAAUUCGCUACGAGUCCUGACGCAAUCAUCCAGCUGCGUGACUGGCCCCCUAUGAUAGAGAUCGAGGAUGCAUCUUCUCUCACGUGUGAAGACGACAUGUCGUCCAGCAGCAGACAGCACGUUGUGGUGUCAGCCUUCGCACGUAUCCCUUCCUUCGCGCAGCGCACUCAUGUGGUACAGAAAGGUGAUAUACUGCUGUAUGCCAACGAUGUUUUACUGACAGGCCCAGACUACCCGAGCUAUGCCGACAUUAUGCGAGCCUUGCGCGUUAUCACGAGCCAGCAGGAGCCUAUCCGGGUCAAGUUUGUAAAGCGGGAAUACUUCGCUGCGAUUCGAAACGAGCUCCAGCGCCGACAUUUUUCAGACAGCAACGACAAGGACCAAGACAAUUACGACAGCCAAAAGAACGGAGAGUCUGCGGAAAACAGUGAGGAUCGAAAAGUAGUCGAUGUUAGUGACAUUGAUCCAACAGUGGGUAACGACGCGGUCGACGUUCUGUCGACGACCCCGACAAUGGAGAUCGUCUUCCCGAAGGCGCCCCUGGGUAUUUCGUUCGGCAAUUGGAAGGACGAGGCAGUUUAUGUUCGCGCAUUUGUCUCCAGCCCGGGUCCAGCAGAGAGCACUGGGUUGCUUCGCCAGGGACACGCGAUACUGCAAGUAUGCGGACAGGUCGUUCCCUGUAAAGCCACCCCUGCUAUGGUCGAGGAGAUGAUAAGGAAGGUGUCUACGGAAGCAGUAACAAAGGAUGGCAGCGAUUGUGACGGGACGACUGCGACGAAAGUAAAUGAAAGCAGCGAUUGUGACGAGGCGUCUGUGACAAAAGGUGCCAAGAAGAAACCCAAGUACACUCUGACAGUUCGAGACCUUGAGUUGGAGCAAGAGCUGAUGAAGUAA